AUGAAUCAAAUGCAACAAGACUUACAAAAUGAGCUAACGACUGCCAACCAACUUUUAAGAUUAAUAUCGGUCGAGUUACAACAAAUUAAACAUUUAACAAAUAAUGGGGGAGAAUUCGAAUCUCACAUCAAGCAGAAUGCAUCUCUAAUAAAAACACUAGCUAAUCUCCAACAAGUAGAUCUGGAAAAGUUACCUUCAUUCACUAGGAAACUGAUGGAUAAUACUAUGCAUUCCAACCAGAAUGUCUCUUACGAUCAACACAAUACCUUCAGAAAUGACUCUGAACUCUCUUCCAUAGGCGCUGAUAGUAGUACAACGUCAUUAGCAGAGUUCAACAAAAGGAGGAAGCUUUAA